AUGGCGAAAAUUACCCCUGAGCCUAGCCGAGCUCUGUAUCGACACAACCCUUCGCUGUGGACGUAUGUAUCACCGCUCUCAUCCAUCCACUUCAUCACCACCAUACUCAUACCCCCUUUAGAAUCCUUCCGCUGGCGUAAAAUAAACAAUGAAUGGCACUGCGUCCUCUCCAACCGCCUCAUCACCCUGACCCAAUCUCCAACUCAUCUCUCAUACAAAUCCACCCUCCCCGCCAUCAACCCACCCCCACAUGAAACCACCCUCCCCCUCUUACAAUCCUACCUCUCCCUCGGCGUUCCACUCACCCAGCUCUACACCCAAUGGUCCAUCACCGACCCCAACUUCGCUCGGCGCUGCUCCUCCUUCACCGGCAUCCGCAUUUUAAACCAAGACGCCUGGGAAACCCUCAUCUCCUUCAUCUGCAGCUCCAACAACAACAUCUCCCGAAUCACCUCCAUGGUGAACAACCUCUGCCUCCACUACGGCCCUUACAUCACCACUAUAUCAGGGGAACCCUUCCAUGACUUCCCCUCACCAGAAGCCCUCUCCGGACCAGAGGUUGAAUCCCACCUCCGCUCUCUCGGAUUUGGCUACCGCGCCAAAUACAUCGCCGAUACCGCGCAAAUCAUCUCUCAGCAACGACCAAAAGGGUGGUUGGAUCAAAUUCGCAACCCGGCCGUACCACCAGCGGAUAACCCCAAGUUUCAACCUGGGGAGAAGCCCACUUAUCGCAAGGCACAUGAGGCAUUGCUUGAACUAACAGGUGUUGGACCCAAAGUGUCUGAUUGUGUUUGUUUGAUGGGGUUGGGGUGGUGGGAAUCUGUUCCAAUCGAUACGCACGUCUGGCAGAUCGCACAGCGAGAUUACAAUUUCGGUGGAAAGUCCAAAAGCAAAACUUUUACAAAGGGGAUGUAUGAGAGUGUAGGGGAUCAUUUCAGGAACAUCUGGGGGGAGUACGCGGGUUGGGCGCAGAGUGUUCUUUUCACUGCUAACCUCAAGUCGUUUGCUGAGCAGGCGAAGACAGGAAAGAAGGGGAAGAAAGAAGAAGAGGACAAGGAAAAUGCCGACGUGGUUGUGAAGAAGGAGAAGGUGGUAAAGCAAGAAGUGGCAAGAGUGGUGAAAAAUGAGGAGUUGACGGUUUCGAGCACGAGAAAAAGAAAGGCUGUCAAGGAGGAGGAGUCGCAGCAAAGGGAUGAAGAUGUCAAAAUGGAGGAUGUAAUGGAUGGAUUGACGCUUAGCUCGCAGGUGUCGCAGGUUUCGACGACGAGUAUGACGACCAGAAGGGUGAGUAAGAGGAUAAAGGCGAGGGAAAGUCAAUGA